GGGUGCAAUUGAUAAUACUCUUGAUACAAUCUCCUUUGUUUUCACUUCCCUUGCCAUCUUAUUACAGACAGAGGUUCCGCUGUUAGAUUAGCAAACUCCAUUUCUUCGCUCUCUCUCUCUCUCUCACAAGCAAUUCCAAGUUAGAAAGAUCUCUUCACCGUACUGUAAUUUCUCUGAUCUGUAGGGCUCUUCAUUUACUAAUUUCUGAUUCACUCAAUUCAUCCAUAAAAUGCCUUUGAGGUUGGAGAUUAAGAGGAAACUUGCUCAAAGAUCGGAAAGGGUAAAGUCUGUCGAUCUACAUCCUUCCGAGCCAUGGAUAUUGGCAAGUUUGUAUUCGGGGACUCUAUGCAUCUGGAACUACCAGACCCAGACAAUGGUAAAAUCUUUCGAAGCUACUGAAUUACCAGUUAGGUCAGCGAAGUUUAUACCACGCAAGCAAUGGGUUGUUGCUGGUGCUGAUGACAUGUUUAUUCGUGUUUACAAUUACAAUACCAUGGAUAAAGUCAAAGUAUUCGAGGCGCACACAGAUUAUAUUAGGUGUGUGGCUGUCCAUCCUACACUACCAUAUGUGCUGUCGUCAUCUGAUGACAUGCUAAUAAAGCUCUGGGAUUGGGAGAAGGGAUGGUUAUGCACUCAAAUAUUUGAAGGUCAUUCCCAUUAUGUUAUGCAAGUCACCUUUAAUCCGAAAGACACCAAUACUUUUGCUAGUGCAUCUCUUGAUCGGACUAUAAAGAUUUGGAACCUUGGCUCUCCUGAUCCAAACUUCACGCUGGAUGCUCAUCUUAAAGGGGUUAAUUGCGUAGACUAUUUCACUGGGGGUGAUAAACCCUAUCUAAUUACUGGUUCUGACGAUCACACUGCUAAGGUGUGGGACUAUCAGACAAAAAGUUGUGUUCAGACUCUUGAAGGCCACACUCACAAUGUCUCUGCUGUAUUUGCUCCUGCUUUUCUCUGGAGUUUUAUUUAUUUGUCUGCCCAUUUGUUUUUGGGGCUUUGUAUGAUUUUUCCUACCAGUGUUGCUCAUUUCUUGGAAUCACGCGGAAUGAUAGAGGAAGCAUUAGAAGUUGCUACAGACCCUGACUACAGAUUUGAGCUAGCCAUACAGUUGGGUAAAUUAGACAUUGCACAGGAAAUUGCUGCAGUGGCACAGAGUGAGUCCAAAUGGAAGCAGUUGGGUGACCUAGCCAUGUCUAGUGGAAGGCUUGAGAUGGCAGAGGAUUGUUUGAAGCAUGCAAAUGACUUGAGUGGUUUGUUGCUACUCUAUUCUUCUCUAGGAGAUGCUGAAGGAAUAACUGAACUAGCUUCUUUCUCCAAAGAGCACGGGAAAAACAAUGUUGCAUUCCUUUGCAUGUUCCUGUUGGGUAAAGUGGAGGAGUGCAUUCAGCUGUUGGUUGACAGCAAUCGGAUACCUGAGGCUGCAUUUAUGUCAAGAUCUUAUCUGCCUAGUAAGGUUCCUGAAAUAGUUUCAAUUUGGAGAAAGGACCUCAGUAAGGUUAACCAGAAAGCAGCAGAAGCUUUAGCUGACCCUGAAGAAUACCCCAACCUGUUUGAGCACUGGCAAAUUGCACAUGCUGUUGAAGCUAGAGCUGCGGAAGAAAGGGGUGUCUAUCCGCCAGCGGCAGAUUAUGUAAAUUAUGCUGAUAGACCAACUACUAACCUCGUAGAAGCUUUCAGCAAUAUGAGAAUGGAUGAAGAACAACUUGAAAAUGGAGAGUUGGAUCAUGAGGCUGCAGAACAGAGUGCUGAUGAGGUGCAAGAACAGGUUGAAGAUGACCUUCAACAAGAGGGCCAAGAAGAGGCGGUUGUGGUGGAUGCUGACUCUACUGAUGGUGCAGUACUUGUUAAUGGAAAUGAGGCUGAAGAAGAGUGGGUCCUUACACCACGUCAUUAGGUCCUGCCAAGACAGAUGGUUCCAGUUGUAUGUAAUCCGUUCUUAAGAUUCUGCUGCCUUAGAAGGACGGUUCAAGGGACCAGAUGUCCGUUUUGCCCAGUGGUGUGAUUUUGUAGCAAUGAGUUUUGUCGGGAUGCCGUAUAAAGACAUUUGUUUCCAGCUUCGGUUAUUGUCUCUAGACACAUGAUAGCUUUACAUUAGUCUUUCGAGUUGCAAAUUCUUACCUUGCAAAUUCUUACGUGCCCUUGUGAAUGUAGAAACUCUUAUACCAUAUAUAAAAGCGGGAAAAGUGCAGAAAGUGUUUUAAUUUC